AUGAAUUGCUCAUUCAUUGCCUUCAUUGCCGUCUUUCUGUUAUCCGGCACUGCUUCUCUUUCCUGCUAUACUGGAGAUGAAAACGGAACGAACAUUCGAAGGGGAUACGGGUAUUGCAUGUCUUCAUUCUACAUCAACGAGAAGUCGGCGGCCUUUUCUGGAAGACAUGGUCAUCAGAAGAAAGCUGGAAAGCAUGAGGAUAAAUUGGAGUGCACUAUCGAGGUACGAUAAAAAAGAUGGCGAUGAAACACAGUCGAAUGAGCUAGAACUUGACAAUUGUAGUUAAUAAUGUGACUCAAAGUUAGUAUCGAUAUCCAUAUUCACGAGUGAUUGAGAACAAACUGUACAAAUCGUUGGAGAAAACUUUGAAAACGUGACUUGUUUCCAGGUGGACUCGGACUCAAACUACACUUUCAAUUGCCCGUGCUUUCAUCACAAAUGCAACAAGCCAAUGUCAUACGAGGAGUUUGGUCAGUCCGAAUUCGAAGUGAUUUCCGGCCCCGCUCCCUCCCCAUGA